GGCCAUCUGAGGAUUAAACAGCUUGAUAUGUUUCCAGCAAAAGACAUUCAUGUUCUAGUCUUGGCACACCCAGUACAAGGCCACAUAAACCCAGUGCUCCAAUUCUCCAAACGCUUGGCCUCAAAGGGUCUCAAAGUCACCUUCCUAAUCCCCAUCUCCACCAAGAAGUCCUUCAAUCAGGUGAACACGAGCUCCAUCCAGGUCGAGUACAUUUCUGAUGGAUACGACCAUGUCGAAGCAGACAAGCUGAGCAUCGCCGAGUCUCUCGAACACUUUCGAGUUUCAGUUUCUGAGAGCCUGAGCGACUUCAUCCAGAAACACCAAUCUUGUCAGGAGAAUCCGGCUAAAGUUCUUGUUUACGAUGCCUUUGACCGUUGGGCUCUAGAUGUGGCAGUGGAACAUGGUAUGCAUGGAGCUGCGUUCUUCACUCAGUCCUGCGUCGUUACUUGGAUCUAUUACUUGGCUCACCAAGGAAGACUGAAGUUCCCGUUAGAAGUAGCAGAUGGACAAGGUUGUGUUCCAUCUGAUCCUCAGGUGAUGUCGGUUUUAGGGAUGAACGACUUUCCUUCAUUUGUUGUUGAAGUCGAUAAAUAUCCCGGCCUACUUAAGAUUGUUCUGGAGCUGUUCUCCAAUUUCCGGAAAGCCAAGUGGCUCUUGUUCAACACUUUCACUGAGUUAGAGGAGGAGAUGGUGAAUUGGAUGGGGAACCAAUGGUCAAUGAUGACCGUGGGACCCACAAUUCCUUCAGUGUACAUGGACAAGAGGCUCGAAGACGACAGAGACUACGGGCUUAGCCUCUUCCAGCCCGAAGCGGAAGCUUGCCUCAGGUGGCUGGACUCGAAGCCACCCAGGUCCACCGUCUACAUAUCGUUCGGAAGCUUGGCAUCUCUCACAGAGGACCAGAUGGAAGAGAUCGCGAGUGGGCUUAGGUCGAUGAAGAGCCACUUCUUGUGGGUGGUGAGAGAGUCUGAAGAGAACAAGCUCCCAUGUAACUUCAUGCGGGAGCUAGGGUUAGAUGAUGCCAAGAAGGGUUUGGUGGUGAGGUGGUGCAAUCAGCUCCAAGUGCUGAGCCACGGCUCGGUCGGUUGCUUCAUGACCCACUGUGGGUGGAACUCUACCCUCGAGGGGCUCAGCUUGGGGGUCCCAAUGGUGGCGAUGCCUCAGUGGACGGACCAGCCGACCAACGCCACCUUCAUUGUGGAGGUGUGGAAGGUUGGCCUCAGGGUUAGAGCGAACGAGCGAGGGGUCGUGACUGGGGAAGAGAUCGAGAGUUGCGUGAAUGAGAUCAUGGAGGGAGAGAGAGGGAAAGAGAUCAGAGGAAACUCCUUGAGAUGGAAAGAAAUGGCCAUCCUGGCCGUAGAUGAAGGAGGUAGUUCGGAUAAGAACAUCCAAGAAUUCGUCUCGAACGUUGUUGAUUUGUUCUUGUGAAAAAUAAGGUCUCCGAUGUGAUAUAGAUCCGUUUGCCUUAUUCGGAUCAUAAUAUUAUUUGCAGAAUAACAAUUUGAAUU